AUGAGAAAAAAUUUGUCAACUCAUUCAUUUUUUUUUAUUUCAUUUCCCUUUCUACCUAAUAACUUAUUCAACUAUCAGUCAAUGUUUUUUCUUCUUCAAUUAAAUGAAGCUGUAAAGUUAAUUUUUAAUCUAAGCAGAUUAGAAAUUGUUUUAUUGCAGUUUCGUAAAAUGCUUAACAAAGAGCUCACACAAUUUGCGGAAUCAUCGAAAUCGGGUACCCAAGUAUCUCAGUUUCUCAUCAAUACUUACAUGGACAAAGAUGACGAUGAAGUAUCACAACAUUUGAGGGUACCAGAUGAUUCUGCGUCUACUUCAUCCCUUGAUAAUGUCCCUAUAUCAUUGUUGGGGAAAGCGAAAACCGCAGCAAUGUCUCGCAUUAUUGGUGUUCGAAAAUUACGCUCGCCCCGUGGUAGCAAUAUCCCAGAAUACGGUGUUGAUGGUCACAAAGAAUUAGCUGUUCAUAUGCAAAAGCUUGAUCAAUGGGGUCCAAAUAUAUUCAAAAUUCAAGAAUUCAGCAAAGGACAUUCGCUUACUGCAAUCACUUUUACUAUUUUCAAAAGACGUGGUUUGUUGAAGACAUUUGAAAUCCCAACUGGAAUUCUGUUAAAUUAUUUGCUUCAUUUGGAGCAUCAUUAUAGAGAUAAUCCUUAUCAUGGCCAGAUUCAUGCAGCUGAUGUAACUCAGUCUGUUAAUGUGCUUCUUUCAUCACCAGCCCUUCAGGAUGUCUUUUCUGAAUUGGAAGUGUUGGCAUCAAUUUUUGCAGGAGCCAUUCACGAUGUUGAUCAUCCAGGAUUCACCAAUCAGUAUCUCAUCAAUACCAACUCCGAACUGGCUAUAAUGUACAACGAUGAAUCAGUUUUAGAACAGCAUCAUUUAGCAGUUGCAUUUAAAUUGCUGCAGGAUUCAAGUUGUAAUUUUAUCGUAUCACUGAAUAAGAAACAGCGACAACUGUUCCGAAAACUCGCCAUUGAAAUGGUAUUGGCAACAGAUAUGUGCAAACACAUGAGCAUUCUGGCUAAUCUGAAAACUAUGGUAGAAGCGAAAAAAGUUGCUGGAUCAUCAGUUCUGACAUUAGACAAAACAGACCGUAUUCAGGUGAUGCAGUCAAUGAUUCACUUGGCAGACUUAUCAAAUCCAACAAAGCCCAUUGACUUGUAUAGUGUUUGGGUAGAAAGGAUAAUGGAAGAAUAUUGGAGACAAGGUGACAGGGAACGAGACUUGGGCAUUGAUAUUUCGCCAAUGUGUGACAGAAAUAAUGUUACCAUUGAAAAAUCUCAGGUUGGGUUCAUUGAUUACAUCGUGCAUCCUCUAUUUGAAACGUGGGCAGAUUUGGUAAAUCCUGACGCUCAGUGUAUACUUGAUCAGCUUGAAUCCAAUCGUGAUUGGUACUUCGUAUCCGUUAAUUCAAUUUUAAUGUUGAAAGAAUUUUUUUUCGUAUGCUUAUAA